AUGAAGAUCAAGAAGCAGCACCGUAAAAAGAAGUAUCUUCACAAACUUAAUCGGAAACGAAUGCAUCUUAAACAACGAAGCACUGGCGAAGUUAAUUGUAAACCAAUAAAGGAUGCAUGGGAUUUUAAAAAGUCUUCGCUUCGUAACAUGAAAGAAAUGGGUCUUGCCAAUGAUCCCAAUAAAGUCAUAAAAAUCCCAAAUUUCAAACAAGAGAAAGUGAAACAAGCUAAGAAGAUAAUAAAUCAAGAAGAAUCUGACGAAGAUAGUGAGGAAGAGGAAGUAGUUCAACCAGUAGUAAAAAAGGAAGUAGUUGAAAUGUUAGAGAAAGAAGCUAGAGCUCCACGACCAAGGAGAUUCAUGUUGCCUAAAGGACAAGUUGAAUUUAUAACAUAUUUACUAGAUAAAUAUGGUCAUGAUUACAAAGCUAUGGAAAGAGAUAAGAAAAACUAUUACCAAGAGACCUGGAAACAGUUGAGAGCUAAAAUAAAAACAUUUAUGGGCAUUCCUAAACAGUAUGGGGAAUAUUUAGCUUCCAAAGGUUUACUUGACAAAGACGAUGAUGAUGAGGAAUUGAAGAAAAUAGCAAAAAGUUUAGUUGUUGAUGAUUAG